UAACCCACUCGGGACAGCACGGAGGUUGGUGGGAAAUGAGCUUAUAACCCACGGCAGCAUUUCCUACGCCGUCCCAAUUGAAGACGUGAUGAGGGAGCGGAGGUCCCGGCGGCGGAAAGCAGGAGGCGGCAGCGAGGAGGCAGCAGACCCGAUGAUGGCUUCCACAACAGAGGACACAAGUAAACUUCAAGGCCAUGGUGCGCCAGCUGAUGCCUCCCCAGACUCAAAAUGUCCCAUAUGCCUUGACAGAUUUGAUAACGUGUCCCACUUAGACAGAUGCCUGCAUAGAUUCUGCUUUCGCUGUAUCCAGGAGUGGGCAAAAAACAAAACUGAGUGUCCUCUAUGCAAGCAACCGUUUUAUUCAAUCUUCCAUAGUAUUCGAGCUGAGGAUGAUUUCAAGGAAUAUGUAUUGAGGCCUACAAUGAAUGGCUCUUUUGGCAGCCCAGAUGGACGCAGAUUUCGCUACCGCACUACCCUUACCCGAGACUACCGCCUACCUGUUCGAUCACUGAGAUCCUCAUCGUCACAAAGGACAUUUUCACCUCCAGACCAUGGUAUUCUUUUUGAGGGGAUUUCUAAUCAAACUUCACGACAAAUGGGUGGGGAGAUUCGGCAAAUGAUGCGAAGGUUGGCAUCCAGACGGCAGGCCAGUGCAGAAGGACGGUCUAUGAGGCAAAUCCAGGAGCAGGAACUUAUCAAUUUCAGAAGGGCAUUAUACCGAUCUGGUAUGCGUGUGAGGAAUAUUCAGGAUGGAGGGCGCUACCGUGACAUUUCUGCUGGAUUUUUCCAACGAAAUCCUGCUUGCCUUCAUCGUCUUAUACCCUGGCUAAAGAGAGAGUUAACUGUCCUAUUUGGAACCCAUGGCUCUCUUGCCAAUAUUGUGCAGCACAUCAUCAUGAGCAAUAUGACACGCUACGACAUGGAAAGCCAAGCAUUUGUGGAGGACCUGAGACCUUUCCUGCUUCAUCGUACAGACCAUUUUCUACAUGAAUUCAUUAACUUUGCCCGCUGCCCUUAUAAUAUUGAGGCAUAUGAUCAGCAUGCUAACUAUGAUUGCCCUGCCCCAUCAUACGAGGAAGGAAGUCAUUCUGAGUCAUCAGUUAUCACUAUUUCACCUGAUGAGGCACAUGCUAGGGAGCCAGAUGUAUCCGAGCCUUUUCUUUCUGUUGGACAAACCCCAUGGGAUGAUGAGACCCCUGGACCUUCAUAUUCCACCUUGGAGCAACCAACUGCUACAACGUCAACAACUGUUGAUAUAUCUGAAAGUUCGGAUGAGGAACCUUUAGGCAGCAGAUUGGUUGCCCAGGACUCUAAACAUGGGUCCCCUGAAAAUACACGUAACUCACUUAAUUCUGAUGACUGUGUCAUAGUUGGUUAUGUUAAACCAUUAUCAGAAAGAACUCCAGAAUUAGUUGAACUAUCUUCUGACUCAGAAGGGUCUCUGUGUGAGGUAAAUUAUGAGGACACUAAAAAACCAUUGCUGAAGCCAUUCACUUUGAGUGAUAGUAAUGCAUCAAGUGGAUCCUCUUCUCCUAUACCCUCUCUUACAUGUCAUAACGCACACAAAGCUGCCCUUAAAGCGAGCAUCUCACCUAAAAAAAACACAAUUUCUCCAAAAAAAGACAAGGGUAAAAAGCCACUUGGUGUGUCUUCUAGGAUUACACUGGAGUCCAGGAAAGAUAACAGUCGUUCAUGUAGCAGCCACUCUGUGUCAGAAUGGAGAUCAAGGUCGAGAAGCUCAGAUUGUUACUCUCGUUCAUCACACAAUAGAGGCCACAGCACUAAAAGGCAGCAUCAUGCCAAAACUCGCGUAAGAACGAAGACUCCAGAAAAAAGCAGACACAAAGGUAGGAGGGAAAAGAAGAAAUCUAGGAGCAGGGACAGGAGUUUGUCAUUGAGGAGUAGGACUGUGUCACUGACAAGUGAAAGCUCCAGAGAAAGGGCUGGAUCCAGCUCUAGAAGCAAAAACCGCUGCAAAGGCAGAUCGAGAAGCCGUGAUGGUGACUUUACUAGAGAAAAGUAUCACAACAAAUAUCAAUGGGAGUACACCUACUACAGCAGGAAUCGAGUCGGUGAUGGUUAUGAACAGUCCUACCGAAGGCGAACAUGUGUCAGAGGUCAUUAUUCUAGAAAUUCUAGUAGUCCAGAAUACAAGGUACCGUCUUCCUCUGAGAGAAGAGGUGUUAGUCGUGAAAGGCGACAUGUUACUGGCAGACAACAUCAUCGUGAAAGGUACAGAUCCAGGAGUUGUUCCAGCAGUCAAAUAAACACCUCUAGUACAGAACGCAAUCUGUCUGAGAAACCAGGUGGAAAAAGAAAGUAUAAAACGCGGCACCUUGAGAAUAAGGAGAAUGAUGAUGGUGCUCGGGCGGCACAGCCCAGGUCAACAGAACAGUACAGAGAUGAGUUACCUGCUUCCUCCUCCAAAGAACCAAAGAAAAAGUGGAAAAAGAAGACAAGAAGCCCCAGUGUGGAAAUAGUUUAUGAAGGUAAAACAGCAGAAAGUACAAGGCACCAUAAAAAGAAGAAAAAGAAAAAGCAUAAGAAGAAGCGUCGUAGGGAACAGUCAUCCCGUUCUCCAGCUACUUCGCCUGUUAUAAUUACUAUUGAUAGCGGCAGCGAAACUCCUAUUGUUGAUGACCCCCUUUGCAAUGAUAACAGUACUCCCUCACAGGAUGAAAGCAACAACGCCACCUCUAUUGCUGCACCAAGCCAAACCACAUCUACCUCUGCCAUGGCCAGCACCACUGAUAUAUCAGCACCUGAUAUCAGCACAGCUGAAGAGGCCGAGCCUUAUUCUAAAGGCUAUGGUUUAUGCUCUAGCAGUGGCAACUUGGUUGACCCCACAGGUAUUUUGGAUGGUUUACUCCUCGGCGAGAAACCCGUUGAACAGCACCUUCCAGCAAAAUGCACUUCACCUAGUAGACAGACUCACCAUGUAGAAAACCCUAUAACAACUGAGCUGAGCCCAUCAGACCCAGAGGCUGCACAAGACACUGCAGCUCCAUUAACGGGUCCGACCAGAAGUGAGCUUCAACAAGAUCUUGCCGAGGAAACUUAUGCAAGUCCUCUCUUGGAACAGAUGACAGCUGGGGAAACAGAAGCAUAAGGGAACGUCGUCUUUUGUCCUGAUUUUAUUUUACUAUGUUCAGAACUGGCUUAAAGGGACAGUUUAUUGUCCUAUGCCUCCUCGCCAACACAAAUGCAUAAUAAACUACUUUGUAAUUACUUUAAUAUGUGUCUGUAGGAAAAAAAAAUAGAUAAAAAUAAAGCCGCACACUUGCAGCGCGCCACCUCCUCUACUGUCCACUUGACAUAGUGACAAGAAA